AUGGACGUCAAGUCUAUUGCUCGCAGGUAUGGCGGCCUGUCGGCGCGCGUGGUGGCGCGCGCGGAGGAGAACUGGCGCGUGACGAGCGCCAAGAAGUCGGCGGGUCUGGACGCGUUCGCGGGCCCCGUGGCGUGCAUCCUGGUGGCGGCGCGCGCCUUCGAGGAGGCGGUGGACAAGAGCCGGCUAGCCAAGUGCGCGGGCGCCAACAAGCGGCUCGUGGAGCCCACUGUGCGCAAGGUGGUGGACGCCGUGGGCGUGCGCUCCGUAGUGCAGACAUCGCCCGCCGCGCUGUGCAUCAAGUUCGGCUGCGAGGGCAUCACGGAGAUCGUCAACCGCGUGCUGGACGAGUACCGCGCGUACUUGGGGCAGGUGGCGGCCGCCAACAGGAAGAAGCGCGCCAAGCACCCGCUGGGCCCCGCAGUGGCCACGAUGAACGACAGAGACCCGGUGUUCGUGGCCGCGUGCCUGUACGCAGUCAGCAAGCACGCCAAGAUGAACGUGAACCAGGACAAGUUGCUGGAGGCCGUGUGCGGCAACGCUAGGUCCUUUGACGCUAUUGUUUCCUCUAUUGAGGCUCAAUGCCAGGCUUCGCUGAACGGUGCGGUGGUAGAUCGGAGAAAGCGCCGCAACACGGCGAGCGAACGGGCAGCCAAGAAGCUCACGGAGGAGCACCGACUCGAGCAGCUGGAAGAGGAAGAGCGCGUGAAGCGACAGAAGAGGAGCCUGGAUGGCGAAAUAUCCUCGCCGCCGAAGACGCUAGCACAGCAAAGAGUGCUACAAAAGCUGCGGGCAGCUCGUGCGGGUGCUGUACCUGAACAAACCUUUGGUGCAGGCAAAGCUGCUGCAGUUGCCACACCUGAAGAGUACGCGGAGUGGCGAGCAAAGGCGCUCGAGUUCAUGCGCAACAAAAAGCAGCAGGAAAGGAUGAGCGACGGCAGUGUAGAAAAGUUGGCAGUCGGGACUUGA